CGAGUCCUCCACGACAAGAGCAAGGAAAGUGUUCCACCAACUGCAGACCCGUUCCCCUCCCCCUUGCAUUCAUUUGGCUGGUGUGACCAUAUAUGGGGGAUGAGUCUUGUGGUGUGAGCUGUUUCAGCCAAUGAGAUGGGCAGUAGCGUUGGAAUCGUAGUGGGGGAAGUGUAAGUCUGCAGGAAACAGGCUCGCACUGGGAGGGUGGGGUCUUUUAUAGGAGGGACCAAACCUGCAUUUGAAAAUGAAUGAUGAUUACACAGAAUAGACUGAGGAGGAGAGGCUAGCCUAUUUUGUGUCUAUUGGCACAGAGAUUACAGAACGUGUUUACGCAGUCCAGCAAACCAGCAAGCAAAACUGAAACACGGAAUUUGAGUUUGCCUCCAAGGAUGCACUUGACCUUGUGUGAGCCUGCUGCCAUGUCCUUGUGUGAGCCUGCUGCCGUGGACCCUCCCAGGGACGUCAGCUGCCUGCACUCAUCCUGUGGCACUGGGGACAGCGUUGCCUCGCUGGACGACAUCGUCAUCGAUUCCACGGCCAAUGAGUCAUCAGAGGAGGAGUCAGCCGGCGAGAGGGAAGAGGAGGCUGGGGCCAACUCUGACCUCAUCCACAGCUCCACAUGCAUUCCUUCUGAGCAGCCUCCACACAUCCAGACAGUGAGUGCCCAUCGGCCAGACUCUCUUUCCCUGGCGGUGGCUGAAUCCGACCUGUGGACAUCCAGGGGUGACGGCGAGGUGAAGCUGAGAAUGGGGGACUCUGGGAUUGCCGCUGAGCCCCCUCUCACUGUAGACCAGAUGUUUAAGUCUGCUGUUGAGAGGUUUGGAAGAUACACCGCCCUGGGGUGGAGGGAGGGAGAGCAGACCAAGACCCUCAGCUACAAGGAGUACUACCAGGCCUGCCGCACUGCUGCAAAGAGCUUCCUCAAGCUCGGCUUGGAGCGCUACCACGGGGUUGGCAUUCUGGGCUUCAACUCUGCUGAGUGGUUCAUUUCUGACAUUGCUGCCAUUCUAGCUGGUGGGUUUGCAGUGGGCAUCUAUACCACCAACUCACCAGAGGCGUGCCAGUAUGUAGCAGAGAACUGCAAGGCCAAUAUAAUUGUGGUGGAGAACCAGAAACAGCUGCAGAAGAUUCUUCAGAUUCAAGACAAGCUCCCUCACUUGAAGGCAAUUAUCCAGUACAAAGAUGCGCUGAAAGAGAAGAGGCCAAAUCUUUACACAUGGGCAGAUUUUAUGGAGCUUGGCCGUGAUGAGUCUGAUACUCAGUUAGAUGGCAUCAUCGCAACCCAGAAGCCCAACCAAUGCUGCACACUGAUCUACACAUCAGGAACUACAGGCCAGCCCAAAGGGGUGAUGCUCAGCCACGACAAUUUGACAUGGACAGCGCUGUCUGUAGGCUGCCACGUUCGCCUGACAGAAGCCACCAAGUCUCAGGAGAUCGUGGUCAGCUACCUGCCCCUCAGCCACAUCGCUGCUCAGAUGGUCGACAUCUGGGUCACCAUGAAGGUCGGAGGAGCCACUUACUUCGCCCAGCCAGAUGCACUGAAGGGAACCCUGGUCAACACGAUGAGGGAGGUGCGUCCCACAGCCUUCAUGGGGGUACCACGCGUCUGGGAGAAGAUGCAGGAGAAGAUGAAAUCCACGGGGGCCAAGUCGUCGACUGUGCGAAGGAAGGUGGCGGUUUGGGCCAAAGGAGUGGGGCUUCAAACCAACCUCAGGAAGAUGAACCAAAAUGGAGCUGUGGUGAGGACGCCUGUGAACUACCGCCUGGCCAAGAAGCUGGUGUUCACCAAGGUCCGUAAGGCUCUCGGUCUGGACCGCUGCACCAAAUGUUAUACCGGAGCUGCCCCGAUCACCAAAGACACUCUGGAGUUCUUCCUCAGCCUGGACAUCCCCUUGUAUGAGCUGUAUGGCAUGAGCGAGAGCACCGGACCUCACACCAUCUCACAGUCGGAAGCCUUCCGCCUCACCAGCUGCGGUAAGGUAAUCCCUGGCUGUGAGACAAAGAUCCACAGUCCCGACGAGGAGGGCAAUGGGGAGAUCUGCUUUUGGGGCCGCCACGUUUUUAUGGGCUACCUCAACAUGGCCGACAAGACAAAGGACGCCCUGGACGAUGAAGGCUGGCUGCAUUCUGGGGACUUGGGCAAACAUGAUGAAAACGGCUUCCUCUUCAUUACUGGACGCAUCAAAGAGCUGAUCAUCACAGCAGGUGGAGAGAAUAUCCCUCCAGUGCCCAUUGAAGAUGCUGUUAAGGAGGCCUUGCCUCUUGUUAGCAACGCCAUGCUCAUUGGAGACAAGCGCAAGUUCCUUGCUAUGCUGCUAACCAUUAAGUGCCAGGUGAACGGAGACACAGGGGCUCCAGAGGAUGAGCUUACGCCUGAGGCCAUAGAGCUGUGCCGGAAGCUGGGCAGCAGUGCUACGAGAGUCUCUGAGAUAGCUGGCGGACGCGACAGGGUCAUCCAUGCAGCAAUCCAGGAUGGUAUUAACCGCGUGAAUGAGAACGCCACCUCCAACGCCCAGCGCAUCCAGAAGUGGACCAUUCUUGGCCAGGACUUCUCCAUCUUCGGGGGAGAGCUGGGCCCCACAAUGAAGCUGAAGAGGCCAGUGGUCAUGAAGAUGUACAAAGAGCAAAUAGAACAUUUCUACAAAGAGGUGGUGACCCCAAGCACUCCUGACAACCCUAUGCCCUCCAAAUAGACCCGGGACAAUAGCUCUUCCAGAGUUAUUCUAAGAAUUGUAAUAAAUAUGACCUGCAUACAGAAGUUUCUCACACACAUACAUACAUACAUACAUGCACGCAUACAUACAUAGACAAACAACCACUCCCUGUGCAGUUCCUUUUUCUCUCCUGUGAAAAUGGUCUUGCUAGCUUUCUGCUUUGUUUAUUGGGUUUUUGUUUACAUUUGUGGGUAUUGUAAAGGAAAGAAUAUAUACAUCUGUGUGAAGCCAUUGUUAAUCUUUAUGAUUUUUGUUGAUGCGUUAUUGAUAAGCUGAGUUCAACUAUUUAUUUUUUAUUAUUGUGUUGAAGAACAAUAAUAUAUGGUAGAUGAAGUACAGUUGUAUCUGAUGAGGUGUUAUUGUACUGUGAAACUUGAGGCUAAUGGAAUAGAAUCCAAAAGGUCCUUAGGACUUGGUAAGAUAAUUUUUGGCUACUCUAUUUAUUGUUUACCUUUUGCCAAAGUAAAAAACUAUUUGGACCAAAUACACAUAGGAGAUUAAUUAUUCAGCUGAAUUUUUUUCCCUCACAUCCAGAGUUAGCUGGUCUGGAUUUAAAAGUUGAAGUGAAUUGGCAGGGAAUUAGAACAUAUCAUUGUCCUAUUUAUUACUGUAUUGUUUUACUUUGUGUUGGUCUGGUUUCCAAGUUCUGAUGAAAGUGUCAUUGUGUUUUGCUCUGUCCUAAACCAUAGUGUGUGUAGUUCUGCAGUGAACACACUACAAUCUUGAGAUGGCCAAUGACUAAGGAAGAAAGCCUUGGUUCAGUGUUAAACUCCUGCACCUACCUUGUUCAACAGAGAUUACGCAAAUCACUUUCUUCAUGCUAAGGAACUGUAGCAUUCAAGCCAUAUUAUUUGACAGUAAUACCUUUUGUAUCCAAUGUGCUUUAUGUAUACUGAUAUCAUACAGCCUACGCAAUUGCCUGGUAUUGUUGGAAUGUUUUGUAACUAUUCUGUGUACAUUUGCUGUGACCAUUGUUAAAUACUGUAAAUAUGUUUUGCUUAAAUUUUUUUUCUUUAACUGUUUUAUUAUAGAUUUAUUUCAAAUGUCUACUGACCAUUAGUUGAAAAUUGUAUGAAAUUGUAUGAAAAUCCGUAUGACAUUCUCCACCACUGUCCAUAUGCAUAUCUGUACAAUGCAGAUGUGAUGACACAUGCAAAACAUUCCUAGCGUCACAGAAUGUCUUAGAGAAUGGGAACUGUUCUCUGGAGUUAUCUUCCUUCAUCUUAUCAGAAAACAGUACACAUUUAAAAGUGUUUUAAAAACCAACAGUCAUUCUGAAAGAUUGUAGAUCCAAUAACACCUAAAACAGCUGUGGACUGAUGUUUGCUCUUACUGUACUUCAAAUACUCUCUAAACAUUAUGUGGAAUGUUGAAAACUCUGUAUGUCUUUCUCGCUCUUACCUGCCAUGCUUGAUAGGAGCCUUGACUGUCUUAUUUUAGGUUCUGUAGGUUUGGUUCACUAUUGUCCAAUUUGUGUCAGUACUCGCAAACAAUAUAUUGGAAUAGGGAGAGAUCAGUUUGAAUUGUGAAAAAGUCUUUAGCUUCCAGCACCUUUGACUAAUGAAAUACUUGAAUUUGAGGAAAGACUUUUUUUUUUACAAGUAAUCUAAUAUUAUUCCAAAGAUUUUCGAGCGAUUCCACUUUCAGCAGAGUAAAGCUCAACAAUAGACCCAUAUGUUUUGUUUUAGGAAGACUUGUAAAUUAACUUAGCUUGCCAAGGAGAGUGGCCAUGUAAUGUUUGCCGAAUGAAGGUGUUACAAAUAUUCUAUCAAAUGUGGAGGAAAUGAAGGUGACUCGGUAUUUUGAUCUUUUCCCAUAUUAUUUCUUCCUUGUUGAUGCUUGUGUCAUGAAGAUACUGAAAUUCUAGCUACUGCAGUUCUAAUCAGUUCGUACCAAGGUAGGCCCAAUGCAACUGAAAAGUCAACUUAUGAACACGACAAUGAACCCUUUACACACCUUAAGAAAACAUGUUUUACAAGCAGUGCAAUCAAUCUCUUGCAUAUUUCUACACUUCAUGACUGCCAAGUAAAGACACAGAAUACCGGUUUUACCUGACCCUUAACAAGUUCAGAUAGCAUUUGUUUCUAGUACUGCGUGGGGAAGCACAGUGUCUACAGUUGAGGACCAGCAUUUUAAAUAGACAGCUGUUAAGGAAAGAGUAAUGAAUGUGUAUGUUGUGUGUUUGAUCAACCUGGAAAAAAUAAAGUUAUUUAUUCUGAAACAUC